UGUGGGUUUUUGCAGGAAAGAAGCAAUAACUUUGCCUGAGGCUGAGCAUCAACAUACAGAUCUUGUUGGUGACAUCGAGCAGUCUCUUGAUUUCUCUCACCAUGCCACGCUUUUCCACCAGCAAACCGGCUAUUUUCUCAUGCAACUGGAUAGUGUAGAUGUGGGAGAACCACUUAACGAUAAUGCAGCGGAGGGAGAUCAUCAUCAGAACUUACAUCAAGCUGAUCCUGAGGAUAUCACAUUGCCUAAAUGUUAUGAUCCAUCAGUUGCACAUGCAGAUUUGUUCAACCCUCGCUUUGAGAGAUUUGAAAUUGAGGGAGAUAACGUAGACCUCACAUCAGGAGAGCCCACACAUAUUCGACCACCUUCCCCAAAUUAUCUAAUACCUUCUCCACCUCGUCAAGACCAGCAUCAGGAAGGACAGCAGGCUAAUAAUGUGUUUGAUGAAGUGGUGCAGAUGCAGGAUGUUCAAGAGAAUGCUCAACAGAGGCAGAGGCCUAUAAGGAGGAGAAAGAGAAAAACACCUGCCUCUGUAAUGGAUAAUGACCAAACAAUCCAUCCUGGACAUGUGUACCAAUCUUGGCUUCAAGAUACUUCAGAUAUAGUUUCAAGAAGAAGAAGAAACCAAAAGCCCAAGAACAUAAUGUCUACUAUGAAGAUUGGUAAACUCAUGGAGCAGCCAGCUAGUGUUCUCAUGGGUCGUUUAUUUAAACUUGGGAGUGGAGAAACAUAUUAUCCAGCUCCUCUCUUAGAGCUAUUCAAGGAAAAACAUACCCAUGACUCACCUUCUGCAUUCACCUUGCCACCUCUGCCUCCAGAACCAUCAUCAUGGUCACCACCUGGAAGACAAACUUAUCAAGACCUGCCUGUUGAAGAUUUUCUUAGUGGAGGUGGCUCCCAGUCAUUUGCAACUCCCACGGAACAGAUACGGACAAAUUUAGUUAAGAAUGACCAACGACAUGAAGUGCUGGAUGAUCUGCGAGCCAAUCUUAUUGGCAAGAGAGGAGCUGGAUGAUCUGCGAGCCAAUCUUCAGGACGGAAAAGGCGUUAUUCAUCUAAAGAUAGCAACGAUGGACUUGAACCAGUGUCGGAGCAUAAUGGAUAUGAUCACCCUGAUCCAAACUUCAAGGUAUCAAGGUUAUCUGGAAAUGGCCCAACACCUGAGCAAGAACUAUUGAUGGAAACUGGACCGACACAGACACAACAACCAAUCAUCAAUCAGCCACUGGAAAAAGUGACUGAUGCAAUUCGAAUGGAACUGAAAUCCCAUUUUGAAAUACCGGGUGGCCCUCAAGUAGAAUCCCUGAACUACCUGACUGCUGGAAUGAAUCGAAGAGGAGCGGCUUUGCUUUUCUAUCAAACUUGUGUUCUUGCGACUCGUGAUUUUGUAAAAGUUAAACAAAAUGCCCCUUACGAGGAUAUUCUCAUGACUAGAGGACCAAAGAUGUGAUAGAGAACUCGUGCUGGAAUGAGCUAGGAAAGUGAUGCUAGUUAAUGAAGAAAGUUGACA